UCGCCCGCCAACGGUCCACUCUCAAUUGCUACUGCCUUCCCGAGCUGCUAGACCUCGGCCACAGCUCCCCAAGCUUCCUGCCUCAAUCAGCGACAGGAACGAUCAGCGUCGUUGCAAACCUGGGCUUGGGACCUAAAACCCGGAUUGAUGCACCGGCACACCGGCACGCCCAAGAUUGUUCGGCAAAACCACCCUGCGCACCCCAGACCAUGAGCCAUGAUAGCGCCUGAGCACGAUCAUGAGCACAGCACUGCAGCGACGCACUGGCCAGAAACCUGCUUCACAGCCGUCGACAACCAGGAGGCGAUAAUCAACCCGACGAUUGGAACGCACCCAGCCGAGCACGGCGACAUGGGCGCUCGUCAGCAAUUAUCUGGAACGAGGCGUGCAUGCUUGAGCACAAAAGGCGCUCUGCUCUCCUUGCUAUCUGCCGUCCCUGCCUCCAUGGCCGCUUGCGUGCCGCUCAAAGGCUCGAAGGCAUGCUCUGCCUGGCAGUCAUCUUCCGUGUCCACCACGGAUGACCAUGUCGUGGGCCUCUUUCCGUUCCUGAAGUACGUCUCGAGCGUUGGGGAUUUCGACAGCCUUUUAACUACUUACGUGCAAACCGACCACGUUCGGGAACAGUACGGGACCCUGCUCGGCUGCAGUAGGAUCGACUACAGCAACACGAGCGACUUGUACGCGCGCUUCACGACCACGGUAAUCUGUAAUGCUAUUAUCCAAAACUCCAUUGCAGCCUGCAGUCUCUCUGCAGCAGACUCGCGCCCCGUUUGCGCCGACUCAUGCGCCCAAUUCGCUCAGUCGGAGGCCUACGUACUGGCGGAUAAAUCCUUGUGUCCCAAUCCCAGCAGUGAAGCCCAGGCACAGAUCCGGGCCGAUUUCACUAAUUGCGCCCUGCCUGCCGAUUCCCUGUCCAGCCAAGACUGCAUUCCCGCUAUCACAAACGAGCCAGACAACUGCGGGUAUGGUAACAGCACCAUCGGGCUCUGUUCCUACUGCGCUAAGGGUGGCAUCAACUCUACGGACACGUGUUGCUACAGCUCCGAUGCCGAGACCCGCUGUGCUGGCGUUGUUCUCCCGACGAUUAGCCCAAUUUCUUUACCGACGGUGACAGCGACGGUAACUCCCAAUCAUGAUUCGACCGGUGGUGGUGGUCUCUCCGGGGGCAAGAUUGCCGGAAUUGUCAUUGGUUCCGUGCUCGGUGCCGGCAUCAUUGCGGCCCUCGCGUUCAUGCUGCUCCUUUACCGAAGAAGGAGAAACGGCAGUCAGAAUGGGAGUAUCUUCAACCAGCCAUCGCCCGCUCGUCGGGGCCCACCGGCGCCACAGAUGGCGCAGACGGGUGCGCCAGCUGGGUUUGAGGUGCUUCCGGGCGGAAGAGUCGCCCGAAUGUCCGCACUUGAAGGCCAUUCGGCCGACGCGCCGUCCCGCCACACGGCUCGAGAUACGGCCGGCUCUGUGCCUGGAACGUCGGCAGGGUAUCGUGGGAGCAGGAGGAGGGGCGAUGACCAUUCAUCCUCGGAUGGUUUUGGCGACAGCCCGGCAUCCGACCGUGGCGCCGCUGGCGUGCUCAGACCUCCGCCGACGAUGCGGAAACGGAACGGUUCUCUCUCCAGCAACUCGGUACUGGCUGGCGAGGAUGCCCACUCGCCCAGCUCAGGCGGCAUGUCCUCUCCCCAGGGGAUGGCCAGCCAGCAGUCGGAGCAGCUUCCGUUCUUCAAAGACUACUACUCUCAAGACGACAUCCAUCCUGGCGACCGGGUUGCCGUUUUGUGGGCGUAUCAGCCGCGGGCCGCCGAUGAAUUCCUGCUGGAGCGGGGCGACAUGCUCAAGGUCGUGGGCAUAUGGGACGAUGGCUGGGCUACGGGCGUCAUGGUGGACGAACGCGCCGAACAGUGGGAGGCACGCCGGCAGGCCCAGCGAGACAGCGGAGUGUCCAACACAUCAGGAAGAGCGCAUGACGAGUCGCCGCCCGUCAGCGGCGAGAUCAAGGCAUUCCCGCUGGUGUGCGUGUGUCUUCCCGAGCACUGGAAGAAGACAAUUGAGGGCGACGGUUCUACCGACGCGGCUUCCAGCGCUCUGCCGUACACGACCACAACGCAGACCUAGGCGCGGCUUAUGAUUAUGACGCAGUUCUCGCAAUGAUGUUUCGAUGAAAGCCUCCCUGUUUUGGCGCGGCAUUGUCUACGGCGUUGGGUGUUCACGACACAUUUUUGCUUUCUCCCUAGCUUCAGGCGAGUUCGGACCCAAGCGGUCUCUGGGAUCUUCCGGCCAGAUACACCGUACGGUACUGCGAACCUUCCAACUAUGGCACAUGGGCGGUUUUCACUGGGCGCGACUUUGGGGUUCUUGGCGCUU